AAUUCUGUAGAUUCGUAAAAAAUUUGCCUCAAGGCAGAGAAAUUGCAUGACACGGCUGUAAAUGACAACAUGUGAUGAUCCUCAAAGUCCCGACAGUGAAGGCACUCAGGGUUGAGACAAUGAUCAGUUAACCAAACGUGUGUCAUGGUUGGUUACAUUCUCUCACACCCACUCACCCCAAGGAGGGUUUAAUCCCUUGGUGCAUACACAGAGUUUACUGCACAGGACUUUGGCUUCUUUCUCUCUGCAGAAAACUUUAAACUCUCCACCAAACAGCAUAAGCACACCUCCAACAUGUCCCUUCUCACCCACCUGUUGGCGUGUCUGUUUGGGAUGGGCUCCUGGGUCUCCAUCAACGGCCUGUGGGUGGAGCUGCCCCUGCUGGUCCCCCAGAUCCCAGAGGGUUGGUACCUGCCCUCGUACCUCUCCAUCCUCAUUCAGAUGGCCAACGUCGGGCCUCUCUUCGUCACCCUGAUGCAUCGCUUCCGGCCCGGCGCCCUGAAUGAAGCAGCCGUCAUAUAUGUGAUCAUCGGCCUGGGAACUGUGGCGAGCUUCCUGCUGGGUUUCUUCUGGAAGGAGACUGUCGUAGUGGCGGGUGUUCCUCGCAGUGUAGCCCUCCUCGUCUUAACUUUCUUCCUCGCUGUGGUCGACUGCACUUCCUCCGUCACCUUCCUGCCCUUCAUGAUGCGUCUGAAGACUCAGUACCUGACCACCUACUACAUUGGGGAGGGUGUGAGCGGCCUGCUGCCCGCUUUAGUGGCUUUGAUUCAGGGAGUUGGAGUGGUCCACUGCAUGAACAGCACCCAGUCUCUGAACCACACCCUGAACUCCUCCGACAGCUCGGUGACCUUUGACCUCCAGGCUCAGUAUCAGCCAGCCAACUUCUCUACUGAGGUGUUUUUCUUCUUCCUCAGUGCCAUGAUGCUGGUGUGCCUGGUGGCGUUCCUGCUGCUGAACUACCACCUCUGUGGCCAGGGAGCAUCCCAGCGGUCAAUACACCAACGGGGUGAAGAAGAAGUCUCAGAGAAACAGGAUGUGGGCCGAGCAGAAGCCCAUGAUGGAGCCAUACCGAUCUGCAAUCCAGAAGUGUUUUAUAUCUUUGUGAUCCUGGCCUGGGCAAACGCUCUGACCAACGUGGUGCUUCCCUCGGUGCAGUCCUACUCAUGCCUGCCGUAUGGGAACAACGCCUAUCACCUAUCAGCCACCAUGGCUGCUGUGGCAAACCCUCUCGCCUGCUUCGUCGCCAUGUUCUUCCCUAUUAGAUCGCUGCUGUUAAUGGGAGUUCUCACAGUGAUAGGCAGUGGUGUUGGAGCUUAUAUAAUGGGCAUGGCAGUGCUGAGUCCAUGUCCACUUCUGGCUGAUGAAACAUCAGGGGGUGUCAUCAUUGUGUUGGCCUGGAUCCUGUUUGUUCUCACUCUGUCCUAUGUGAAGGUGAUCAUCGGGGUGAUCCUGCGCGACGAGGGCCACAGCGCUCUCGUGUGGUGUGGAGCUGUGGUGCAGCUGGGCUCUCUGCUGGGGGCUGUGACCAUGUUCCCAGUGGUCAGUGUGUACAGCUACUUUUCAUCAGGGGACCCAUGCAACACCAAAUGUCCCUAAAUGAACAAGUCACGCAGAAGAGACCGGAGGCAGAUUUUAGUGAAGACUCGACAGGUUUUAUCACAAUUUAUAUACUUUGCAACAUCUGAAUCUGAACCUGUCAUUUGAGAGCUUCCACUUUUUACAAGAAAAGCAAACCACAAAGAUAGAUGUGCAUAGAGUUAUAAUAGCUGUACUGACCAUGCUGUUUAGACAGGAUGAACACUUUGUUGAUGUUGGGAAAAUACUCCACUACAAAGGAAAAGUCCAGCGUUCUAAACCUUACUUAAGUAAAAGUUUGUAAGUAGUGUCAACUAAAUGUACUUAAAGUA